AAACGAGAGUGUGAGCGAGCGAGCGAGAGGCAUCGGUUGGAUAAAAUGGCAGCAGCGUCUGCAGAUCGUCCUGGCUCCCGCCAGGAGGAGACGAUGAAGAAGUCUUCCACCUUCCACCCGACUCUAUGGGGUGAUUUCUUUCUUUCUUACGAGCCGCCGACUUCACCACAGGAAGCUCAAAUGCGGGAAAGGGCUGGAGUGCUAAGGGAAGAAGUGAGGAAGAUAGUCAAAGGCUCAAAUGAUUUGCCAGAAAUAGUGAACCUUAUAAUCACGCUUCAGCGACUUAGUCUGGACUACCACUACGAGGAUGAGAUCAACAAGCUGUUGCACGUUGUUUACAACUCUAAUUUCGAUAACAGUAAUCUAACUGAAGUUUCACGCCGAUUUUAUCUUCUGCGUAAAAGUGGCUACGACGUGCCAUCCGAUGUGUUUCUGAAUUUUAAAGAUAAAGAAGGAAAUUUUGUUGAUGCCAAUAUUACAAGCUUGUUAAGCUUAUACAAUGCAGCAUACCUAAGGACCCAUGGAGAGGCAUUGCUUGAUGAUACAAUCACGUUCACCAGAAGAUGCCUUCAAGGUGGAUUAGAACAUUUGGAACCACCACUUGCAGAGGUAGUGUCUUCUGCCCUCAACACACCUCUUUUUCGAAGGGUCGGGAUAUUAGAGACGAGGAAUUACAUCCCCAUUUAUGAAAAGGAGGCUACACGAAACGAAACAAUAUUGGAGUUUGCGAAAUUGAACUUUAACCUUUUGCAACUUCUUUACUGUGAAGAGCUAAAAGAGGUCACUCUGUGGUGGAAGGAGCUCAACAUCGAAUCAAACCUGAGUUUUGUUAGAGAUAGGAUUGUGGAAAUGUAUUUCUGGAUGAAUGGGGCAUGCCAUGAGCCUCAAUAUUCUUACUCCCGAAUUAUACUUGCAAAGAUGAUGGCUUUUAUUACUGUAAUAGAUGAUUUCAUCGACACAUAUGCUACCACUGAAGAGAGCAUGCAACUUGCAGAAGCAAUUUUCAGGUGGGAUGAGAGUGCAAUAGCUUCGCUUCCAGAAUACAUAAGGGAUUUCUACUUGUAUUUAUUGAAGACAUUUCGUUCAUUUGAUGAUAAACUAGGAACUGACCGUGUGUUUUAUUUAAAACAGGUGUUAAAGCAACUAGUACAAGCAUAUAUUGAGGAACUUAAAUGGCGCGACGAAAAUUACGUGCCGAAGACAUUGAGCGAGCAUCUUGGACUCUCGAUGCGAAGCAGUGGAGGUUCUCCAAUAGCAUGUGCUUCAUUGGUCGGAAUGGGUGAAGUAGUAACAAUAGAGACUCUUGAGUGGUUUCUAAGCUAUCCACAGCUUCUCAGAUCUUUUGAUACAUUUGUACGACUCUCAGAUGAUACUGCAUCAACCAAGCGUGAGCAAACAGGGGACCACAGUGUCUCCACUGUCCAGAUUUACAUGAAGGAGCAUGGAGCGACAAUGAAUGAAGCGUGCCAAAAGAUUAGAGAGCUCACUGAAAAUUCAUGGAAGGAUAUGUUGCAUCAUCACCUUGCAAUAACAGAACGAACAAAAAUGGUCGUGUCACGGAUGGUGCUUAACUUCUCACGGACUGGAAAUUACAUGUACCAGGGUGACGUUGACAAAUUCACUUCUUCCCACGCUAUCAAAGAAACGAUAAAGCGACUAUUUGUGGAGCCAAUACCAGCGUGAAUCUAGCUGGCUAAGAGGACGAAUAAUGAACUGCGUACAAGAUAUAUUGUACUUUUAUUCUAAAGAAGAUGUAUUGUACUUUGGCAAUUUGUAAUAAACUUUGAUGUUAAGAAAAUAACUUGCAAUCUCUUUAUCUAAA